AUGGACCCUCACAGGGACGAGAACCUCCCGCUCGUCGUUGACAACGGUACUGGAUGCGGUUGGGCGGGCAGCAACUUCCCGGAAUAUGCUACUUAUCUUGAUCUCAAGCUAACGCAUACAGUCUUCCCUUCCGUUGUUGGACGACCGAUUCUGCGUGCCGAGGAGCGCCUGGGCUCGUCGAAGCUCAGCGACCUGAUGGUCGGAGACGAGGCGGCUGAGAACCGAAGCUUUCUGCAGAUGUCCCAUCCCAUGGAGCACGGUAUCAUCAAGAACUGGGAGGACAUGGAGAACCUCUGGGACUACACGUUCAACAACAAGCUUCAGGUUGACACGCACGGCCGCAAGAUCCUCCUGACCGAGCCACCCAUGAACCCGAAGGCGAACCGCGAGAAGAUGGCCGAGGUCAUGUUCGAGAAGUACGGCUUCGGAGGCGUCUACGUUGCCAUUCAGGCCGUCCUGACUCUCUAUGCCCAGGGUCUGCAGACUGGUGUCGUCGUCGACUCUGGAGAUGGAGUCACCCACAUCGUCCCCGUGUACGACGGAUUCGCUCUUCCCCACCUCACUCGCCGUCUGGAUGUUGCUGGUCGCGACGUCACCCGCUACCUCAUCAAGCUCCUUCUUAUGCGCGGAUAUGCCUUUGAACGUACUGCCGAUUUCGAGACUGUCCGUGACAUCAAGGAGAAGCUCUCGUUCGUCUCAUACGACCUCGAUCUCGACAAGAAGCUCGCCGAUGAGACGACGGUCCUCGUUGAGAACUACACGCUGCCGGAUGGCCGAGUCAUCAAGGUCGGGUCAGAACGCUACGAGGCCCCCGAGUGCAUGUUCCAGCCGCACCUGAUCGACGUCGAGCAGCCCGGUGUCGCCGAGCUGCUGUUCCAGACGAUCCAGGCCGCUGCCGUCGACACGCGUGCCGAGCUGUACAAGCACAUUGUCCUCUCGGGUGGUUCGUCGAUGUACCCCGGUUUCCCGUCGCGUCUCGAGAAGGAGAUGAAGCAGCUGUACCUCACGCGCGUCCUUGGAGGAGACGCCGAGCGUCUCAAGAACUUCAAGAUCCGUAUUGAGGACCCGCCCCGCAGGAAACACAUGGUCUUCCUCGGUGGAGCUGUGCUCGCCGACAUUAUGAAGGACAAGGAUGCGUUCUGGGUCACCAAGGAGGAGUGGGACGAGCAGGGCGUUCGCGCUCUUGACAAGCUCGGACGUGGCGAGUAG